AUGUCGCACCACGAUCUCAGAAGUUCAGUUGAGAAAGGUUCACCCUUUGGGAAGGAACCAGACAUCUCAGAAUUCUACUCCCUUGUUCAACUAACACCACUUCUGAAACACGAAGAAAGAUAUCGUGCAUUGUACGCUGGUGCUAAAGCCAAAGUCUUGGCUGAACUAGAUGACAUGGAGAGACGAGAUGAAGAUGAUAAUGAUGAUGAUGUUGAAGAUGCAGAUGACGAGCAUGAUGACAACGAUGAUGACGAUGACAAUAAUGAUCAUUUGGGUAAUGCAGGUGCUCAAGAAGACGAUCCCGAAGAUAGUGAUCCAAUAUUGAUCGGUCCUGAUUAUGAUACCUUUCCCCAAAGAUCUCCCCUAAGAAAAUUACCCUCUGAUAGUGAUGACCCGAAAGAAGCUUCAAAUGAACAUCCCGAAGAUCUGUCUCGUGCCAUAGUUCCACUUGUUCAACCCAUGGACGAAACGCCGAUCAAGCAAGAGAAAGAAUCUGUGCGUGAGGGCAAACUGGAAGCCUCACCAAUUCUUCUCAGCUCAGCAAGUGGUGGCAAAAGGGAAGCACCACCUCAAAAUGAACAAAUGGACACAACGCCAACAAACAUUGAAGAAGAGUUAACUGCAGAGUCCCCACGGACCAUCAUGAACCUCAUGAGAGAAACUGUCCAUUCAGCCGAAACCAUCCAUCUGCAAUAUCUUGUUCUACGGAAAAAGGACACGAAAGUACUAGAUGAUUUAUGCAAGAAGGUAGAUCUUCUGAUGGCUGCCCAAUCUCAACCUCAGCCUCCACCUCAAGAACAACCUCAACCGUCGCAGCACACUCAAUCAGAUCGCAAGUUCCUUGAGCGAAUUGCGAAGAGACUUCAUGAACUUGACACCACCAUGAACAAAUUUGCACGGCAACAACACGAGCUCAAACAUUCUCACUUUGGCCUUAAAGAACGUGUUGACCUAGCCUGUACAAAGAUCGAUACUUAUCAAGAUAAUUCAUACCAACUGGGAGAAUAUGCUCUUCAAAUUCUCGGUUAUGCCCAGGACAUCUUGGUAGCCGUAAGCAAGCUUUCCACUGUUCCUCCUACCACUUGUGCCGAUGAUGCAAAAAAGGGGGAAAAGAGAGAUGACGACAAGGAUAAGGAUGAUGAUAAGAGAGAUGACGACAAGGAUAAGGAUGAUGAUCAUCCAAGAAACAACACGAAAGAUCAGUCUCCAGAAGCAAGACACUCGCCUUCUCGGACACCAAGAAACUCUGGCCGAAGGAACACAAAUCCAUCCCAUCCUCCAACAAGGUCUCGUGGUCACCUAUCCUCAAAGCCAAGAUACCAUGGUCGAUACCAAUCCUGA